AUGAAAAAUUGGACCAUUAACAACCAAUUUGGUUUAUCAAUGGAUACGGGUUUACAGGUUUCUCAACAAAGUUCAACAGGAACAACUGGUGGAAAUGUAAUUCUAGUUAAUAGUAAUGAUAUGUUACAUCAACGAGCAAGUCUUUCUGGUCAACAAAUUAUUCUUAAAACAAGUUCAUCGCCAACAUCUCAUACAACACCAGGUCAAAUUCUUCAAACAGCUGAUGGACAAUUAAUUAUAUUACAAACAGCUGAACAACAACAACAAACUCAACCUACACAAUAUGUACAAGUUGGAGGACAAAUUUUACAAUUAAGUAAUCUUCAACCAAGUCAACAAACAAUAACAAUUCCAGCAAGUGCUUUACAAUUAACUGGUAAUCAACAACAAAUUUUACAAAUUGGUACACCAACUAAAACUCAAUCAUCAUCAAAUGGUUCACUUAUUAUGAUGGUACCGGCUAAUUCAAAUCAAUUACAAACAGUUCAAAUGCAAACAUCUAGUUCAACAGUUCCAAAUCAACAAUCUGUAACACAAGAACCAACAGAAGAAGAACCAUUAUAUGUUAAUGCUAAACAAUAUAAUAGAAUAUUAAAAAGACGUGCUGCAAGAGCUAAACUUGAAGCUGAAGGAAGAAUUCCACGAGAACGAAAACGUAAAUUUCUUCAUGAAUCUCGUCAUCGACAUGCAAUGAAUCGUGUACGUGGUGCUGGUGGUCGUUUUGCUCCUGGAUCAAAAGAAAAAGCAUAA